GCUCAACCCCCACACACGCUCUAUAUCACUCGUACGGCCGUAGAAUCGGCCGUUCCAUCCUUUUCUCUCUUCCCUUUGUCUUAAUACCGAAAUGUCUGGUGGUCCCGCGUCGAAGCUGCCCGAGCACGACUUGCCGACUCCCGAGCCGGAGUCGCCGUCGAUCCCGCGUCGCCAGCCGUACCGCUUCUCGACGCUUUGCGCAAAUGUAGAGACGCCGGACGCAGAGCAUAAGGACCAGCAUGGGAGUUCCAGCGUACCCAUCUACCAGACUGCGACGUUCAAAGGUGUCGGCGGGCAAUAUGAUUAUACUCGGAGCGGGAACCCGACCAGGACGCAUUUACAGCACCAUAUUGCCAAAAUAUCCUCCGCGGAACAUGCCUUUGUCGUCUCCUCCGGCAUGGCUGCCCUUGAUGUGAUUACGCGCAUCCUCAAGCCCGGCAGCGAAGUAAUUGCGGGCGAUGAUAUUUAUGGUGGAACGCACCGUCUGCUCACCUACCUUCGCACGCAUAUGGGUGUAACGGUACACCACAUAGACACCGCGGAUCCUUCGGCGGUCGUUCCCUGCCUCAAUCCCGGCAAGACGGCCAUGGUGCUGCUCGAGACUCCUACGAACCCUCUGUUAAAAAUCAUCGACAUUGCCGGGAUCAGUUCGCUCGUAAAGGAGAAGUGUCCGGACGCAGUCAUCGUGGUGGACAAUACGAUGAUGAGUCCUUACCUGCAGCGCCCCCUGGAGCAUGGGGCGGACAUCGUAUAUGAUAGCGCGACGAAGUAUCUGAGCGGACACCAUGACUUGAUGGCGGGUGUCAUUACUUGCAACCAGGAUGAAUUGGCAAAGCAAAUGGCAUUCACGAUCAACGCAGUUGGCAAUGCCCUCACGCCGUUCGACUCAUUCUUGCUUCUCCGGGGCAUCAAGACACUCGCCAUUCGCAUGGAUCGCCAGCAAUCUACCGCUAUGCUUGUCGCUCAGCUACUCUCUCGUCUAGGCUUCGUUACGCAUUACCCUGGCCUGCCGAAUCAUCCGAACAGGGAAGUGCAUGAGCGCAUUGCAGACGGCUAUGGCGCAGUGCUCUCAUUUGAAACUGGCGACAAGGAGCUUAGCGAGCGCAUCGUAGGUGCUACGCGCCUGUGGGGUAUCAGCGUCAGUUUUGGCUGCGUGAACAGUUUGAUUAGCAUGCCUUGCGUGAUGUCGCAUGCUUCUAUUGACCCGGCGACGCGCGCAGCUCGUGGUCUUCCGGAGGAUUUGAUCCGACUCUGCGUCGGUAUUGAGGACCCGGCAGAUCUUCUUGACGACCUCCAACAUGCGCUGCUUGAGGCAGGUGCUGUGGCGUAUGCUGCGAACGAAUAUGUGCGCAUUCCCAACCCGAUUAGCAGGGCGGUGGAGAAGUUGGCGCUGAAUGAACCUAUCCGUGAGAGGGAGGACAGAGAAUGGCUUGUCAGCGCUCCUGGCAAGGUCAUUCUCUUCGGAGAGCAUGCAGUCGUGCACGGUGUGACGGCUAUCGCAGCCUCGGUAGACUUGCGCUGCUACGGAUUGGUGUCACCACGGCAUGACAACAAGCUGUCGUUGCACCUCUCCGAUAUCGGAAACUAUCACCACGAGUGGGAUCUUGACGAUCUGCCCUGGGACGCGGUUACUCCCGUUCCUCCCGGCGAAUCGCACCCAGAUCAGCUCGACCAGAAACUGAUGGAGGCCAUCAGUACGCGCGCUUUGCCUCCGGCAGACGAGAUCCCUCCGAAGGCGCAGGGGGCUAUGGUGGCGUUCCUCUACCUGUACAUGACGAUGACGCACGGCGGCUUCCGACCAUCGUUCAACUUUGUGGCGCGGUCGACUCUUCCGGUAGGCGCGGGGCUUGGGUCUUCAGCGUCCUACUCGGCGUGUGUUGCUACGGCGCUCUUGCUCCUCCACGAGCGCAUCUCCAUCCCGCCGCUUCCUCCGCGCAGCCGCCAGCCCGCGUAUGGCGAUCCCGGCCACUUACACAUUUCGCACCAUGGUCGGCGGGCCAUCCCUCCGGACGUCGCGGAAGAAGUCAACCGGUGGGCGUUCAUCGGGGAGAAGGUAUUGCAUGGUAAUCCGAGCGGAGUGGACAACUCGGUCGCCGUGUUUGGCGGUGCGCUGGCAUAUACGCGCGCCGGCUUUGGGAAGAAGAGCGGGAUGGAGCAGAUCCAAGGUUUCAAAUCGUUGCGUUUCUUGUUGGUUGAUUCCAGAGUGCCCCGUGACACGAAGAAGCUUGUUGCCGGCGUCGCCAUGAAGAAGGCUGAGGACCCCGAGGUUGUGAACAAGAUCUUAGAUGCCAUUCAAAGCAUCAGUGAUGAGGCUCAUCGAGCGUUGGCCGAUCCAGAGCUUCCCAGGGCAUCACUGCUUUCUGCUCUCUCCACAUUGAUCAACGAGAACCACGCACAUCUAGUUUCACUGGGCGUUUCUCAUCCAUCUUUAGAGACCAUCCGUUCGACAACUGCUUCCGAGCGGUUCGGACUGAGCACGAAGCUUACCGGCGCAGGCGGAGGAGGUUGCGCUGUGACUCUGGUGCCAGAUGACUUCCGCGACUUAUCGCUACAAGCUUUGAUCUCUGCGUUGGAGGGCUCUGGCUUCAGGACAUACACCACUUCUGUAGGUGGUUCUGGGCUGGGCAUUCUAUCGUCCUACGAUUAUGAGUAUCCGCCGAACACUAUCACACCACCGGGAACCCCGAGAGAUGAGGAUAUUCGUGCGGACGCGAUCGAUGCGGUUCCGUCUCUACACGAGCAUUUCACCGGGAUCAGCAUCGGAUCUCUGCCUCAGUGGGCGGAGGACCGUGGCCGGUGGCUCUAUGUAUAACUUGUGUCCCGGAACGUGUUCCUGUUUGUGAUGCUGCAUUUUGUGAUGAUGUACAGAUAUUGUGAUGGAUGUUGGCGGGUUCUUAUGAAAGUGAGGAUGGAUGUAACCGUAGAUAUCUCCACAUAAGGCCUAGCAAAAGGCGCGUUGAAGCCUGAUUUUAGCAGAUUCC